UCCCUGGCGUGGGCCCCUUCAGUCUGGGUCCUUUCCUAUGGGGUCUCUGCUCCCCGUCUCGCUGCUGGCUUUGCUGGCGGCGACCUACGGGGGAGGCGGGAGCGCGCGUUGGCGCCGGGCUGCGCGGACUCAAGGCCCCGGAGGCAGCUCCCCGACGCCCUCGGAGACCUCCGUGCCUUUCUGGGUGCGCGUAAGCCCGGAGUUCAAGGCCGUGCCGCCGGGGAGUUCCGUGUGGCUUAACUGCAGCAGUAGCUGCCCCCUGCCGGAGAAUUCCAGCCUCAGCACCCGGCUGCGGCGGGGCCGAACGCUUAGUGGGCCCGGCUGGGUAUCGUACGAGCUGGUGGAUGUGAGGGCCUGGAGCUCCGAGGUGCGCUGCUUCGUCACCUGCGCAGGAGAAACGCGGGGGGCCACGGCCAAGAUCACCGCCUACAAACAGCCGCAAAGCGUGAUCCUGGAUCCUCCAGUCUUAGUGGGCAGUGAGUACACUCUGCGCUGCCACGUGACACACGUAUUCCCCGUGGGCUUCCUGGUGGUGACUCUGAGGCGCGGCGGCCGGAUCAUCUACUCUGAGAACCUGGAGCGUUUCACCGGCCUGGAUCUGGCCAAUGUGACGCUGACUUACACGUUACCCGCUAGGCCCCGCGACUUCUUCCAGCCCGUGACCUGCCACGCACGCCUCAGUCUUGAUGGCUUGGUGGUCCGUAGCAGCUCGGCACCCAUGACGCUCACAGUCCUCGCUUGGAGCCCCGCGCCCAAGGUCUUGGCCUCCACCUCCAUCGCAGCCGUUGUGGGGAUCCUUCUCGUCGUGGGGGCCGCCUGCUUGCGGAAAUGGCUAUUGAUGCAGUCCCGGGCCGUAGAGGGGGGGGGUCCAUGACGGCUGAGCCAGAGGAAGAAGGAAUCAGAAGUAAUUUGGGGGACCCUGACUGGCUCAAUAAAGCCUUCCUCAGUCA